AUGCAGAAUGACCUGAAUAAAAUAGAGGGAUGGAGUAAAACCGGGUUAUUGCGGUUUCAUCCGGAAAAGUGCAAACAUAUGCAUAGAGGAAAGAUGAACAACAAUACCAGUUGCAGUCUUCAUGGAAGAAGUUACAGAAGAAAAAGACAUUGGAGUCUAUCUCCUAUCUGUUAA